UUCUUCCGAUUAUAUCUGAUGCAUUUUCCUCGACAGGAAGUCAACAUUCGUUUAAACAAGUAACACCAGAUGAAUAUACAAGUCUGCGGGGAAGUUUUGAGCCUGAGAUCGGGCCGAUGAAUUGGGAUCAAAAUUCUGGGAUUGAAUCUCAAAAUCUGGCUGAGUUUGGAGCUAAGAAGUUUAGUAAACUUGAAGAUAUUGUGGUUGAAACUGCUCCUAUCAAACAGGAAAUUCUUGAAAGUAAUUCUUUGAAAAAGGUGAAUAAGAAGCAAGUGGAAGACGACAUUCGAGCCCAAAUUCUGAACAUUGAAAAUGCGCCAGAAUUUUCGCAUGAGAAACGAGCACGUGGAUCAAUUCCGUUCCAUAUUCCCAGACCGAAGGGUGCACCACCCUCAAGCAUUCAUAGGAAGAAAGUGGGGAAACCAUAUCCAACCCGAUUCAAGCAGGGAGAAAAGGAUACCACAGAAAAAGUCUGAGAAACGAAUCCUAUCACAUUAAUCUUCAAGAUUAAUUUUGGGCAUUUUUAGUUUUUGUUACUUAUAGAUUGUUAUCGUUUUUUAUUCAACAUAUUGAAAGUUUUCAACAUCUGUUAUUUAUGUUUUUAAAAAAGAAUUAUCAAGAGCUUUUAAUAAUCUGACCAAACAUAUUGUGAUUUAACGAGGAAGUAAGUUUUUAUCGAUAAUAUUUUUAAAUCGUUUUUUGCUCUUUGUAAACAUUCUAGGACUAACUGCGGUUUUCUUACCCUGGCCUGGAUUAUUUAGAAGUGUGAUUUAUUAUGAAUUCUCCCGACCAUGAAACAAAUGUCGGAAAAGUGCACCAACUACUAAUUCGUUUUUGCAUCAAUGAAUAUAAGUAUCAUCAAACUUUUUAUAAAAUACGGAAUUAAAAAGACAAAUAAAUGUACUUUAUUUAAUUAAACUUCAGUACGUUAUUUCAUCCACCCUUCCGCCUAAUGAGUUUAAAUAUCCGCGUGUACAAUGGCGGCCAUCUUGAAUUUAAUGCCCCGGUAA